CUUUUGUCUGAUUCAUGGUCAUGCUUAAGAACGCUGCAUAGAAGGUUGCUUGUUUGCAACAAUGGGGUCGAGGCAGCUUAUUGUGUUUGGUUUUGUGCUCGCAUGUGUCAGCCUUAGUGAUGCUCGGUUCCUUGGUUGGAAAAAGCCAACCUACUGGGGGAUCGAGGCGCAGAAGCCUGCAGAGGUGGAAGCCGAGCCAGCAGCAGGACCUGAGAGGCAGUACUCCAUGAAGUCUGCUCACCAAGGUAGCAUGGUCCAGGCAAAGCAGAUCCAUCCAGAAGUUGAACCACUGUCCUGGAGUUUUCCAAAAGAUCCAGUAGAUCCAGUGAAAAAGCCUCCAGGCAAGUUUGAACCAUGGCAGCCGGUGACAACCAACCGUGUUGCUGUGAGAUGUGGGGAAAGUAGGAUCCAGGUGGAAGUGAGGCAGGACCUGCUGGGCCUCAAGCUGAUAAAGCCAGAGGAAAUCACACUUGGUGGUUGUUCAGCCACUGAGAUCGACAACUUGUCUCAUGUCCUGAUCUUUGAAUAUGAGCUGCACGGCUGUGGCAGCAAACUUGUGAUGACAGAGAAUUCCUUCAUUUAUGCCUUCACACUGCUCUACAACCCCAAAGUAUCCAGUAGGAGUCCCAUCAUAAGGAGCCAGAGUGCUGUCAUUGGAGUAGAGUGCCACUACCCAAGGUGAAUUGAAAUUUGGAUCAGCCUGCAAAGACCUACUUUGAUUUACUGUGGAAGGGUGAAGAAACAAACAGCUUUGUGCAAUAGUGAACAAUAAAAGUUUUGACAUCUCAA